AUGCCGGGUCUAUUGCGCGAGAGCGGCAGCGGUGGCACGGCUGACACCAAGAGCCAGUCAAGCGGCACAUCGUACUGGUGGUUCGUGGUUGGCGCCGUUCCGGUGGCCACAUUCCUGCUCGUCACCAUACCCAUCGCCGCUUUCCUCAAGAGCUUCGUGGGGUUCGACAGAGUACGAAUAUGCGAGAGCCGAGCAUGCAGGGAAGCCGCCCAGUUCUACGAGGCGAUCAUCGAGCGCGGACGCACGGACCCGUGCGAAGACUUCUACUCGCACGUGUGCCGCAAGUGGUCGCACAACGCGCGCAUUCCCCCGUACUCGAGAAAGUUCUCGUUCGACGACUGGAUCGUCUCGGACAUCGAGAAGACGCUUUUCGCGGAGGUCGAAGCUUCGAUCACGGAGCAAGGACAGAUCAUGAACCAAAUGACUCACAUUCCUGUCCGGAAGUUCGAGGCAAUCUUCGCAGCAUGUCAGAACGCAGAACGCAACAGCAGCAUGGAGGACAUCAAAAAGAUGCCACGCAUCCUGGGACUGGAGCACUUUCCGUCACUAGACCCUGAAGGCGACCCUAAGAUCUCCGUGAUCGCCGCUAAGCUGGCCAAGAACUUCGGCCUUUUCCCGCUUGUCAAAGUCCAGAUGAGAGUAGACCCCAAUGACUACUCUAAGGUCAUCAUCUACUUGGACGAACCAGAGACAACGGCGCUACCCAAGUUCAUUCUCUCGACCACGGAAUCUUCAAAUUGGCUUCGACAAAGUGUCUGUGACGCCAUGCUGUCCGUGUAUGGUAUCGUACCGACGAAUGACCAAUGGGACACACUGUGCGACAACAUUCAGGCCUUCGACAUUGAACUCAUAAAGAGGCUGAGGUACGCUGAAGGUCACCGCGCUGGCAUGUACUACGACAAAAAAGUGCUGAAGCUGAAAGACCUUGACAACUCGUUUUACUGGAAUUGGAUGACAUUUCUCAAGACCGUAUUCGAAGGAUCAUCCACAAGCAUCGGUCCACAGACGAAAAUUCUCGUCGGCAACGUGAAAUACGUUUCCGGCUUGGCCCGGUUCUUGCAGAAGCAGUCCAAGGACGUCAUCUACAACUACCUGGGAUAUCGCGUGCUGCUGCGCCUCGGCCUGCUCUACCGGACUCACGAGAAGCACGUGAAGACGCUGUUCUACCGCUACCAUCUCGGCUACAAGACGGAGCCGGAGCGGUGGCGCCUCUGCUUGCGCUACGCCGAGAAGAGCAUGCCCACAGCCGCGUCCUGGAUCUACCACAUGUGGAUCAAGAAGAAGUUCGGCCUCAAGGGUGACAAGCUUUGGAUCAAAUUCUUCAACGUGUACCGGAAGAUCUACGAAAGCGUGGACUACUCGUACGCAUACAGCUACCUGACUACUGCGGACGCCAGAGUCGAGGCUUACCGCAAGCUGAAGGAUGUGCGGCUGCAGCUGUUUUUCAUUAACGCCACCAUGACAGAUCCACUACUCAAGCUCUACGGCGGUCAGGAAACAAAAAUAAAUGUCAACGCUCCGGUGCCAGGAAUCUACCAGAUGACAAAGCAUUACUGGAACAACUACUUCUCCAUUGGCAAAAACGGUCGUGAGCUCGACAUUGCGUACACAGGGUCGAUCUUCGACAUCUACAGCACGUACCACUACGACCUAAAUUCUUUGUACAUUUCCCAUGGCGCGUUUCACGGACCCAUGUACGCAAGGGACAACCGUCUGAUUUUGGACUUGGUAAAGAGCGGCUACAGAAUUGGUAGGAACCUACUUAAAGCAAUCGACGAAAGAGGCGGCUACAUCGACUCCGAACACGCGCGUGAAGACUGGAUGGGCUACUACACCCGGCAGAGGCUCAUGGCAAACAAGCAGUGCGUCUUCAAGCAGUACACCAGCAAGAGGGUCCCUGAAAGCCGUCUCAAGCUGAACGCCAACGCAACUAUCGAUGAAGACAUGAUUGACGUCGCCAUCGUGACGCCGCUUUUAAGGUUCUUCAGGAAACUCAUCUACGAGAAGGCCUACCCCUUCCCAGACUACAGGCUGCAGGGUCUGCACCACGUAUCCUCAGACCAGCUUUUCUUCUACUCCUUGGCAGAGUCUUUCUGCGAGAAGACAACGCGCGAGGCAGUGGACGAGCUCAUCAACAACGGUACCUUCAGCCCCAACAAGUACCGCAUCAACAACCCACUGCGCAACUCCCAGCACUUCACAAAGGCCUUCGCAUGUCCCGAGACGAGCCAGAUGAAUGCCGGCCGGGAGAGCUGCGACUUCUGGUCCACAUUCCGGAAGGACUUUUGACACAGCGCACGCCCCGCCACAGAACAUCGCUGUACAAAAUACAACUGUGCCUCACACUUGAA